UCCAGGCGGCAGCGGCGGGACGGUUGUGAGAGGCGGAGCCGGACGUGAGCGCACUUCCGAGGGGAGCGGCCUCAGUCCGAGUCCCGGGCUGUGUGGGCCGCGCGAGGAUGGCCGGUAAAAGUCUUACUCCCAAGACGUCUGGGUUAUCAGUCAGUGCAAGGAAAAUUAAAGAUAAUGCAGCAGACUGGCAUAAUUUAAUAAUGAAGUGGGAGACGCUGAAUGAAAAUGGAUUUACCACUGCUACCAAAAUUGUGAACAUCAAAAUUGCUACAGCGUUUAAAGACAAGUUGGAUGUAGAAUGUGAAAAUGUUGCCUCCGACGAUAGAAGAGUGCCACCAAGUUAUAAUGUAGAGUUGGAAGAACAUUGUGUAGAGCUACUUGGGACUUCUGAAAAUAUGACAAAAAUAUAUCAGAAGAUGGAAAAGCUGUGUUCAACCACUAAAGGAAUCUGUGACUUGGAAAAAUACCAUCACGGAGAACACAGGACACUCUUAUUCCACACGUGGCCCACACCCUAUUUCUAUGAAGCUUCUGCCAAACUCCUAGAAAUGUACUCAAGGGAAUUAAAACUGAAACAAACUAUUGUGCAAGAGAUUGCACAUACUACUGAUCAAGAUCUCUUAAUGGUCUACUUAUCAUCAUGGUUAUAUCAGCCUUAUAUCGAACAGAGCAGCAAAGUUCUGCUAGAAAGUAUGUUGUUGGAAACAGGACACAGAUCACUCUGAGCACUUUCAGACCUAUUUGAAAAGCUAGUUCUUGCCCUGAAAAUCCUUGGAUGAAAAUUAAGCUGCAUAAUAUUUAAAUGUAUUUAAUAACUAUGUUAAAAUUUAUUUGGGUUCUUUAAUGUAAUCGUGUUCUGAUAAGUUGUGUGUUUACUACAUUUAUACUGGUUUUAUUAUUACUGUUGUCGGUGUAUUAGGCCAAAAAAAGUAAAGUAGGGGGAAUUGUAAAGCAAUACUUGUCUGACAGUUUUCAAGAAGUCUGCAUUUUGCUUUAAGAUAUUUCAGCAUCUGUCUUCUUCCCCCGCAAAGUCAGUUUUGUACCAUAAGCUAAGUACCUAUUUAGCUACUGACAGUAAAAUGUGGUUUCCUUAGCAAA